UAUGCUUUCUGUUUCCGUGCUGGAAACUGUCAGCUGUAAGAAGGGAGAGUUCAACCACUUGAGCUUGGGAUCUUGGUGGUACUUACAAUAAGGUUGUCAGGUGCAAAGGGCAAGAUGAAAAGACUCCAGCACCCUCAGAAUUUAGUGGUCAUCACAGCACUGUUGUCUUUUGCGAUGGCUUCCAGUACAUUUCAGCCGUUGCAGAAGAUCCUGGACUGUCAUAAGGGCUGUAACUGCAGCCAGUUCAAACACAUACAGAUUGACAUGCGAUGCAGAGGAUUAAACUUAACAGGGAAGCCACUGCCAGCGCCCCCACGACGGUCCACCACUUUGAAUACAAGCAUUUAUCUGGAGAAUGGAAUAAUUCCUGUACUCUCCAACAACACCCUACUGGAGUAUCAUCAGUAUCAGAUUGUCUAUCUGAGUCUGAAAAAUAACACAAUGGUAUACAUAGACAGGAAUACCUUCAGCAGCUUAAAGUAUUUGCAGAUGCUUGACCUGUCAGAGAACUUCAUUGCCAAAGAUGGUCUCAAGGAAUCGUUUCUCGGAAUGGCCAAGACGCCCAUGAAAGAACUGAACAUUAGUUCUAUGAAUCUUACGAAUGUUUCUGAUGAUUUCUUUAAACAUUUAGAAAAUGUUACAAACUUUCGACUUAUAUUUCGAAAUAAUACUAGCGAAUUCCCACUGAAUGCUCUCCAGGGACUAAGGCAAAUGACCAGUUUUGACUUUGGCGGAAAUCGUUUAAAGCGCAUAGAUCUGAGGAACGCCAGCUUUACCACUCUCCAAAGUCUUACAUUUGAUAACAAUCGCUUUUAUGAGUUUCCUAAUUUUUGCAGCAGUGAUACUUUCCCCAGUCUUAAAUACCUGUCCGUUCAAUGGAAUGGUAUGAGAUAUUUAGACAGAAACUAUUACAGCUGUUUAAAGAACCUCACUAGGUUAUACUUAAACGGUAAUCUUUUUCCAGAACUAAAGUCAAAUCAAUUUUCGAUGUUGCCAAGCAUCUUCAAAAUCACAUUGUCUUAUGUUGCGUGUGCAAUGCAUACUGUAGAGAGAGCUGUGUUCAAUAAUUCGGCACUGAAACAAAUAUUCUUUCGCAAGAAUCGUAUUUGGUUCAGAGAAGCUGAGAUAGACAUGCGUGUUUUCGAAGGAUGUUCUUCUUUGGAACUUUUGAACCUCAAUGAUAAUGUUUUCCAAGUAACCACAGAAACGGAAUUUAGUAGGUUGCUUGGACACCUCACCACCCUCCAGACUUUGGUAAUGGGUGGUAAUGGCCUACGUUUUAUACCACAAGUAAUAACGUCGAAAUUAACAAAUAUAACGAGUCUUGCUCUGUAUCGGAAUUCGAUUUCGGACCUAAAGCCAAACACGUUUGAAAAUAUGACAAGGUUGAAAAAGUUAUUCUUGGGAAGUAAUGAGAUUUCAACAGUUAAUGAACAAUCCCUUCCGAAAACUCUAAAACAACUCGAGAUAUUUGAAAAUCCUUUUGCCUGCACCUGUGACAUAGUGUGGCUUAUAGACUGGAUGCAUAGGGAACCCGAAACAUUUGGCUUUCAUAAAACACCUGAAUAUAAGGUAAAGUAUAAUUGUUCCAGCCCCGUGAACCUCAAAGGGGUUCACUUGCAGGAUUUGAAAAUGUCAAAGACAAGUUGUCUGAUGGAUCAAGAUGUGAAAAUCGUAACUCUUACCUUCAGUAUUUUACUUAUAGUAUUCCUGGUGACAGGAACGUGGAUGUAUCGUUACCGUUGGCACAUCCGAUACUUCAUCUACAUGGUCAGAUACAGUCAACGUCAGGAGGUGGACACCGCCGACUACGAAUAUGACGCAUUUGUGGCCUACUGUGCGCCAGAUCGUCAGUGGGUAAUUCGGAACAUGUUACCUGUUCUGGAAGGUAACGAAAACCUGAAACUCUGCGUCCAUGACAGGGACUUUGAAGUUGGUAAAUUAAUCGUCGAUAAUAUUGUGGAUGCAAUAGAAGGAAGUCGGAAAAUUGUCAUUGUGCUCUCUAACAGUUUUGCUGAGAGUGACUGGUGCCAGUUCGAGCUCAAUCUCAUCCAACGUCACGUGCUGGAGAAUGGACAGUGCCUCCUGGUGGUGGUCAUGCUGGAGGAGAUAGACACACGUCACGUAACCAAAGCUAUGAGAGCCAUGUUGCAGACGACAACCUACCUGAUGUGGGGAGAGGAGGAGUAUGCUAGAAAAGCCUUCUUCAACAGACUGAGGAUGUUACUUCGCAGUUCGACCAGAGAUGCAGGGAACAGGCGGCUAUCGGUUUACCCCGUGAACCCUCAAAGGGGUUCACUUUGCAGGAUUUUGAAAAUGUCAAAGACAAGUUGUCUGAUGGAUCAAGAUGUGAAAAUCGUAACUCUUACCUUCAGUAUUUUACUUAUAGUAUUCCUGGUGACAGGAACGUGGAUGUAUCGUUACCGUUGGCACAUCCGAUACUUCAUCUACAUGGUCAGAUACAGUCAACGUCAGGAGGUGGACACCGCCGACUACGAAUAUGACGCAUUUGUGGCCUACUGUGCGCCAGAUCGUCAGUGGGUUAUUCGGAACAUGUUACCUGUUCUGGAAGGUAACGAAAACCUGAAACUCUGCGUCCAUGACAGGGACUUUGAAGUUGGUAAAUUAAUCGUCGAUAAUAUUGUGGAUGCAAUAGAAGGAAGUCGGAAAAUUGUCAUUGUGCUCUCUAACAGUUUUGCUGUCAGUGACUGGUGCCAGUUCGAGCUCAAUCUCAUCCAACGUCACGUGCUGGAGAAUGGACAGUGCCUCCUGGUGGUGGUGGUCAUGCUGGAGGAGAUAGACACACGUCACGUAACCAAAGCUAUGAGAGCCAUGUUGCAGACGACAACCUACCUGAUGUGGGGAGAGGAGGAGUAUGCUAGAAAAGCCUUCUUCAACAGACUGAGGAUGUUACUUCGCAGUUCGACCAGAGAUGCAGGGAACAGGCGGCUAUCGGUUUAGUUGACAAGUAUGUAUGAUGCUGUAUAUUCAUUCUAAAUACAUGUAUGUAUACCAUGAUUAUUUGUAUCACGAUCUCCUUUGAUAGACCAAGUACCACAUAAAGAAGUACAAGGAACUUUUCUCAAAACAGUCUCUAAAAUGUUUGAUAUUUGUACGUGUCUUAAAAGAUGGUCUUAGAAAAAAGGUUUUAGUAGACAAGUGACAGAGUAAGGAUGCUUUUAUUCGUUUUAGCAGUAGCCUAUUCCAUCAAUAUCUCAGCCUGGAACAGAAGAAACAGGCUUUAUACAUUGCACUUACCUACCACUCCUUUUCGUAGAUACAGAUUAUGUACGUGACUUUGCAAUCUGCACGAAAGAUAAUAUGUAGACACUUAUGACAAAUAACGCAUAUAUUUAGUUAUGUACAUAUUAGGAUUCACUCGUAGAAUAAAGAUAUAAAUCAUAA